GGGGUCUGGGAAGAACGAAAUCCCAGCCGCUGCCGGCGGUGCGCUAGCAGCUCCGGGCAGUGUUGCCGCCUCGCGGUUCCUCGCUCGCUGCGCUCUUAGAAGGGGCGGCCGCCUCCAGGUGACACAGACGGGACUCUCGCUUGCGCUUUCCAGAUGCAUCAGAGAUACUUUUGGACUGAGCAGGGCCCAGUGGCGCUCGGCGGGCACUACAUGGCGGAGGGCGAAGGGUACUUUGCCAUGGCCGAGGACGAGCUGCCCGGCGGUGCCUACAUCCCGCUGGGCGGCGAGUUGGGCGGCGGCGACGGCGGCGGCGGGCACUGCUUGGACUACUGCGAGAGCCCCACGGCGCACUGCAACGUGCUGACCUGGGAGCAAGUGCAGCGGCUGGACGGCAUCCUGAGCGAGACCAUCCCGAUCCACGGGCGCGGCAACUUCCCCACGCUCGAGCUGCAGCCCAGUCUGAUUGUGAAGGUGGUGCGGCGGCGCCUGGCGGAGAAGCGCAUCGGCGUCCGCGACGUGCGCCUCAACGGCUCGGCCGCCAGCCACGUCCUGCACCAGGACAGCGGCCUGGGCUACAAGGACCUGGACCUCAUCUUCUGCGCCGACCUGCGCGGGGAAGAGGAGUUUCAGACUGUGAAAGACGUCGUGCUGGACUGCCUGUUGGACUUCUUGCCCGAAGGGGUGAACAAGGAGAAGAUCACGCCGCUCACGCUCAAGGAAGCUUAUGUGCAGAAAAUGGUUAAAGUGUGCAAUGACUCUGACCGAUGGAGUCUUAUAUCCCUGUCAAACAACAGUGGCAAAAAUGUGGAACUGAAAUUUGUGGAUUCCCUCCGGAGGCAGUUUGAAUUCAGUGUAGAUUCUUUUCAGAUCAAAUUAGACUCUCUUCUGCUCUUUUACGAAUGUUCAGAGAAUCCAAUGACCGAAACAUUUCACCCCACCAUCAUCGGUGAGAGUGUUUAUGGUGAUUUUCACGAAGCCUUUGAUCACCUUUGUAACAAGAUCAUUGCCACCAGGAAUCCCGAGGAGAUCAGAGGAGGAGGCCUGCUUAAGUACUGCAACCUCUUAGUGAGGGGCUUCAGGCCCGCCUCUGAUGAGAUCAAGACCCUCCAGAGGUACAUGUGUUCCAGGUUUUUCAUCGACUUCUCAGACAUUGGAGAACAGCAGAGAAAACUGGAGUCCUAUCUGCAGAACCACUUCGUGGGCUUGGAAGACCGCAAGUACGACUAUCUCAUGACCCUUCACGGAGUGGUGAAUGAGAGCACAGUGUGCCUAAUGGGACAUGAGAGAAGACAGACUUUAAAUCUUAUCACAAUGCUGGCUAUCCGGGUGCUAGCUGACCAGAACGUCAUCCCUAAUGUGGCUAAUGUCACUUGCUAUUACCAGCCGGCCCCCUAUGUAGCAGAUGCCAACUUCAGCAAUUACUACAUUGCACAGGUUCAGCCAGUAUUCACAUGCCAGCAACAGACAUAUUCUACUUGGCUGCCCUGCAAUUAAGAAUCAUUUAAAAAUGUCCCGUGGGGAAGCCAUUUCAGACAAGAUGGGGGGGAAAAAAGAAAAACAAACAAAAAGAAUGACCCAGCCCUGAUUAGGGAUGUGUUUUGUGCAAUGAUGAUAUGCUCCAGGAUUUAAGCUUGGCGAAGCUUGUGGAUCUUUCUGUAGGUAUGGGAGCAUGAUCUUGAAAGAUCUCCCUUCCUGACCCUCCCUUUAUCCUACCCAACUGGAUUCUGUCUGAAACAAAAGAGACCUGUCAUUAAAAGCAACCAGGUUCUCUUAAGAUAACAAGAGAAAAAAUUGCUUGAUGACAAUAUGGGUUUGCAGUAAGUGCUCCCAUAGCUUUGCCAUAGUGAAGACAAAAAGUGGAAAAUUUCCUUUAAAGGUGAAAAAUCUUGAAAGGGAAAAUACAGAGGAAAAAAAGAUCUCACCUCCACUUGUUUGUGAGUUCCAGAGUUCAGAUAGUAACAGUACAGGAGGGAGGAGAACUCCGAUGUUGGUGUUGCUAUCUGAGUUUGUAGCAAGUGUUUCUGUUGUGCGAACAGAAAGGGCUUGCUCCAAAUGAACAGUAGUAGGUUGGUGCAGUUCUCACAACAAACAGCAGAAUUUAAGAUGACACAAUCCAUUAAUUCCAGCUGCGUGCAUAGCUCGCAUUUUUAAAAUGUGAAAAUGCAAGCAAAAACAGCUGGGGCAAAGAAAGUAUGCUCAAGGACCAAAGAUUUAACAGAUAACAAUACCCAAGUAGAAGAGGUAUAGUAAAAUAUAUGAAGAAUACUAUAUUUGUUACACACCAAUACACAUCAAAGUGCCUGUUGCCUUCUGAAAAUUUGAAGUGGAAAAUUGUUUUAUGGUUUAAUGCUUAUUUUAUUUUAUCAGGGACUCAAGAAGAAAAUAAAACAACAUAUAAGCUUGUGAAUGGUGGAGAAAAUGCCCUAUUUUUUUCUUGGCAAAUACGUGUAUAAAGUUGACAUUGUUGGUGUGAUAUUAUAGGUACGUGCGUAUUUUAUGUGUAUAUAUACACGUAUCGUGUGUAUACACACAAUACAUUGACUAUGAUCUACAAUAAUGUAUCAAAUAGGAAAUGUUUACUAUAUGUUUUUAUGUUUUCAACAGGAUGAUAUGAGAUAUGGGCAUAUUGCAAUGAUGAGUUAAAACCCACAACUAAAAAAUUAAAUGAAGGAGGAAAGCAAGUAAUAUAUUUGAUAGGAAGAACAGAGAUUAUACAUUUUUAGUGAUUUUUUUUUCUUUCCUUUUUUAUGAGCCAGAGAAUUCCACAAAUGGGAGAAUAUUUGUUUGGCAGAGCACUCUUUAUAUAUUGAACUGUCAUUUUGACAGUUUGAACCCCCCCCCUUUUUAAUUAAUUGCAUGCCUCCAUGGUAUAUAAUCUAGUGGAUUAUGAAUCAGUGGUAGGCUACUUAAAUUCCUAACUGCUAAAAAGAAUUUCUGGUGAUCUGAACACUACUUAUUAAUAUUUAAAUGAAUUUUUUAAUGAAUGCAUUCUGCAUUUCUGGACCACUAGAAUUUAGUAAAUGUGAAAUGACCCUUUUUAAAGAGUAUUUGCACAAUUGCUUAAAGUUUAUAUAUGAGAUAUAUAUUAUAUAUAAUAUUUUAUAAAAUCAUGCCAAUAUGAAACUUCUUUGAUCUGGUUGUCACACUGCAUUUAAAUAUUUAGUACUGUAAUUAAAUAAUCUCUCACUAAAUCAAAUCCAACUUUAUUUUGUCUUCUCCGGGAGACCAGUAUAGCUUUGUGAAAUGAACUGGCAUUACCAUUACAGUUUGAGAAUGGCUGAUCCCCAAAUUGCCCUUUCUUCUCGAACCUUAAUUCCUCUAGACACUGGUCUCUGAAAAUGCAUUUGCUAAAAAUUGAACCAACACAUAAAACCUUCCAUUUCUGUAGUGAAACAACCACACAAUCCCCAUCAACCCUAGUGGACGGCUGCUUCCUGUGAAAAUUCCUCUGAAUACUCAACAAGAAGAUUUUUGUCAUCAGUUAAAGAAGGACUGGGGGAGAAAAUAGCAUCCACCUGUUGGCGUGCAACCUGUUUGCUUGUUUGUUAUCUCGGUAUCUCUCAGAUGUUCAGUGCUAGGUUAAUCCAGGUGAACCUACCUGAACACAUUUUGUACAGCUUUCUUUGAAACCUUAACAGAAACCUAAUGAGUUUGCUGUCACAGCUUCCCUGUGAAUUCUCUUAGAGCUGACACAGCCCUUGUGUUGCCAUCCACUGUUUUCUGGGGAACUCUUCCUGCUCCCACUUUGGCUCAGACUCCUUCACUCUAGCCCUGGGUUGAAAAAUUAAUUGCAAUGUACCAGGAAAGAUUUAAUUUACAGAUUAAGCCUGAUCCUCACCUAUCAGAAGAAACGAGAGCUCUCUGCCUGUUUAGCUGUUUGGAAGUUUUCUAAAUAAAACAAAAAAACAAACAACAGCAACAAAAAAUCUAAGGCAAUGCUCAGGAACACAGGAGCCACUGGUGACCAGCUUUCUUCUUAUCCCGAUUCUUGACAAAUUAGCUGUUUACUAUUUUAAAGAGUCUGGAGAUCUCUGACUCUGACAUUGCAACAACCUGCUGUUAAUUUAUCACACAGAUUUUUGUAGGGAGGAGCCCUAUUUGAAAAUAUACUUCUCAUUUUUCUCAAAUAUUUAUAUUCAUUUUUUGCUUACUUGAGGUUUGGUAGCUUAGUUGAAAGUGCCAGCACCUGGCGUUCAGUUAGACCAGGCUGUACUCAAAACUUGUCAGCAUUUACUUUAAUACGUAUAUAAUUUAUUUCUAUUUUGUAUGUACUUUAGUCUUGUGCGUAUGUAGUUGAAUGCACAGUGGAAUAUAUGUCUCUCUUUGUGGAUAUGUGGCCUAAAAAUUUGAAUGUCUGGUGAGAGAGAGCCGUGUGUAUAGGUCAGAGAAAAAGAAUAGCUCUCAACUCCCUGUUAGUGCCUGUGAUUUGUUUGCUUUCGUGUUUAUCUGGCCUCGUGUGCUGUAACUUUAAAACGGGAAGAUAUUUUGUCUUCUGGAGGCUCUUCUAACCUGUCCAGUCAGGCAUGUCAGAGAACACUCGCCUGCAACAGUUCCCUUUUAAAAGUUUACUUCGUUUGCAGUAAAUUCAGCUGCCUGCAGAACUCCUACACCAAGGUGGACUUGUCCCUACCAGAAAUGGAAUCACAAGUAACUGCUCACUUUGACAUUGGGUGGACUAUUUUAACAUGGCUCCAAAAGCUACAAGGAUAGAAAAUGAUCUGUAACCCAAGCCAAGAAGGAAAUGAAAUGAAAAGUGAACAUACUGUUUUUCCCACCCCUUUCUGUUUGCUUACCGUUGGUUGCUUUACUGUGCACAAAGUUGUUUUCCAUGCAAUACUUGUUAAAUAAAUAUUGUGAACUAUGUUGUAAAUGAAAUGUAUUUUGUUGAAAGCUGUCAGCAGUUUAAAAAUAAGCUUUUUUUGUUGAAGUGUGUUAGAUGAAACCAAAAAGCCAAAAAAAAGUUCUUUCAUAUAUAGCACCUAUUUAAAUAUAUUCAUUCUUUAAGAUUUCUUUUAGCAUAGCUUUUUCAAUGCUAAGAAAGAAUCUCUAUGUUAUAUUUUAUGAUAAUGGCUUGCUAACAAAGUAAAUGGUAAAAGUACAUAGUGGGAAGAUGUCAAGGUAACUUGGCAAGACUUGCUGCAAAGCUUUGCAGAAUGGAGGAGGCUCUGCCCGCUGGCUGUCUCUCCCUCCAACCUCGCUACAUCCAUUGUCUGCUCUGAAGCGUCCUGUUGCAGCAAGCUGCACUUUGGGUCACUCUUUGGGGAUAUUUUGACUAUAGACUGUGUCACAGGCAGAAAAGGAGUUGAUGGAAAAUGGACUCUUAGAAACUGACAUGUUUGGAUCAGUGCUAGAGGGAUCAGAUUGUGAAUUUUGUUUACAGCAUCCAAUAUUUGGAUUUUUUUUGUAAAUAAAAAGAAGUUAUUUUUUUCUAUUGA